AUGAAGAGGAAGACAAGGAGAGAGGAGGAGGAGGUAGAGGUGGAGGAAGAGGAGGAAGAGGUGGAGGAAGAGGAAGACAAGAAGAGAGGAGGAGGAGGUAGAGGUGGAGGAAGAGGAAGACAAGGAGAGAGGAGGAGAAGGAGAGAGGAGGAGGAGGUAGAGGUGGAGGAAGAGGAAGACAAGGAGAGAGGAGGAGGAGGUAGAGGUGAAGGAAGAGGAAGACAAGGAGAGAGGAGCAUGAGGUGGAUGAAGAGGAAGACAAGGAGAGAGGAGGAGGAGGUAGAGGUGGAGGAAGAGGAAGACAAGGAGAGAGGAGAAGGAGGUAGAGGUGGAGGAAGAGGAAGACAAGGAGAGAGGAGAAGGUAG